UUCAGGUAACUACGCGUACGAUGAGCCAGGGCAUUGAGAACACCAUUGUGCGCACAUACUCCAAGCUCAUCUGGGCCUCAAGGCGGUGUGACACUGUACUUUGAGGGUGAAUACCAAAGGACAUCUAACACUAACAGGGGAGGACCACACGGAUGGGCGCAAUCAAUUUAUACACCCUCUUGUGGUCAUUCUCCACUUACACAAGUUGAUAUUCGUGACUAGAAUUUGCUACUCUCGUGGUGUCUUGGACAGAAUUCAUCAAGCUCUUGUCUCGACCAAGAUAAAACGGACGAAAAAACUCAGAUCCAGUUUGAGAGUGCUUGUAAAUGAGUUGAUUGGUCAAGUGACAACAUGUCAGAGGACAAGAUUGAUCAGGUCCACGCCGCAGUGGGACAAUUCGGGAAAUGGCAAGCCAUGCUCAUUUCCGUGGUGGCCACAGCGGUUAGCACGCCAACGGCUUGGCACAUCUUGGCUCAGGGUUUCUUGUCCAAGACUCCUGACUUUACGUGCGAUAUCCAAAACCAAUCCGGAGCUUUCUCUUCGAUAGAGGAGUGGAAUAAAUUCAGCAGUCCCUUGGGAGUCAAUGAAGAUGGACGUCAAAGCACGGAACGGGAAAUAUGCCAAAUAUACAAUUUCAACUACGAUCAACUUGAUAGCGAGCAAGUUCAAACUCUUGAUCUGGCCAAGGAGCCCUAUUUGAAUUUGACGGGUUGUCCCAGCUUUUGGUAUAACACCACUGUUCGAACCAUUGUGACUGACUUCGAUUUGGUUUGUGAGAGGAAAUAUCUCGUGACCUUGGCCCAAUCAGUCUUUAUGAUCGGACUAACCUGUGGGUGUGUCGUAGCCGGACAUGUAUCGGACAAGAUCGGAAGACUGAAAGCCAUAUCCUUGUUUGGGGCCUUGCUGUUCAUCUCGGACUUGGCCAAUGUGUUCUCAAUCAAUAUUUAUAUGUACCUUUGUAUGAGAUUCUGCAUGGGGUUCACUUUGAUUGCCGCUAGCUCUGCGUUUAACACCUACUGUAUUGAACUAUUGGGCGGCAAAUGGGUGACCAUCAUCGGCGUAGGAAAAGGCGUGUUUUGGACCAUAGGUUACAUCACAACGCCCCUUUUGGCCUACUACAUUCAAGACUGGAUCUACUUGCAAUCAGUCAUCAGUGUGGGAGCCUUGUCCAUGGCUGUGGUGUUCUUCUUCGUUCCGGAGAGUCCAAAGUGGUUUCUAGCCGUUGGGAAAUUGGACCAAGCAGAACGCGCUCUGAGACAAGGAGCCAAUAUCAAUGGCUUGGUUUGGAAAGAGGAUACAGUUCUUUUUAGAACAUCCAAGGACGAUGAGAAGGCGUCCAUCUUUACUGGAUUCUAUCACCUUCUGGCCACGCCUAACAUGAGAAAAAAGGCACUGAUUCAGUUUUACUUGUGGUUCACUUGCUCAUUGGUGUAUUACGCCUUAACAUUAAACGUUGGUACCCUUUUCCCCGGCAACACCUAUAUCAACUUCUUCAUCUCCGGACUUAUCGAGCUACCCGUCCUGCCCCUGGUCAUUGUCAUUCUUUUAUAUUUAGGCCGCAGGGGUCUCCUAUCCCUUGGCUUACUCUUCUCGGCUAUAUUCAUGGGCGUGACACUAGUGGUACCCGCUGGUACAGCCUCCAUAGUUACGGGCCUCCUGGGCAAGUUCUGCAUUACCGGUUGCUUCUUCACCCUGCACAUGUUUGCCAAUGAAAUGUUCCCCACCGUAGUACGAAAUACGGGUUACGGGGCCUCCAACAUGUGCGCCAGAUUUGCAUCGAUUUUAGCGCCCAUUUUUGGACGGGAAUUGGGACGGGAUAUCCCUUUAGUGGUCUUUGGUGUGCUCUCUCUAAUUGGUUCAGUUCUGGUUCUUUUUCUACCAGAGACGAAGAACAAGAAACUACCCGAUUCUUUGGAGGAAGGAGAGGAGUUCGGCAAGGUUCAAAAAUUCUUUUCAAUUUAAUACGUUCAUUUUUAUUUUCAACUUUAAUGAUUGUUUACGGCGGAAGAUCAAUACACUCUAUCUAUACAA